AUGAGUGUACGAAUCCCUACUCGAUACGGCCCUUCUCAGGGCAGCGACGCAGACCUCAAAGUCAUCUUCUGGAACGCUGGAGGUCUAAGCAACAGCAAGUUUUUAGAACUCAAACGAAGCGUUCUCGAAAAUAACGUUGAUAUAUAUGUCAUUGUAGAGGCAGGAGCCGCUACAGACACACCUCACCUCUACUCUACAGUAGGCUAUUCAACCCAUGUGCUGAAGAGGAGUCGACAAGUAGCGUCAGGAAUUAUCAUCGGAAUCAAAACCCCUCUAGUAUGCAAGACUAACGUAAUCCACGAAAUGCAGGAUAGAGAUAAAGUGGAAAUGCUCCAGCAACAAAUCCAGCCAAGUACCAUCAUAAUUGGAGAUUUCAAUAGUCCAUCCACGAGAUGGGGCUACUCUAGAACCACCAACGUUGGGAAACACCUCGAGGACUUUUUGGAUAACAACUAUCUUGAUGUAGUGAACACCCCACCUACGUUCUUAUCGUUUAGAGGAAGUCAAUCAAGGCCCGAUCUUGUCGUAACACACCCACACAUUACAGGGAAGACCAGUGUAACCCUCCUGGACGACGCAGCAGGCUGUGGUCACCGCGCUCUGCUAGUGACAUGCAAACUGGCAAAGGACAAAAAAGCCCAAAAUCGCGCCCCGCGCUGGAAUUUUAAAAAGGCGGAUUGGAAAAAGUACAGGGAAUGCACAGAUGAAGUCCUUACUCAACUAACAUUACAAGAACCAGAAGAAGCAGCAAAGAAAGUAACCGAGGCCAUACUUAAAUGUGCAAAAGAGUUCAUACCGCGAGGUCAAAUUAAGUGGUAUAAGACUUUAUAG